AUGGCACACUCCCACGAAACAAAAGUUCCUAAACGUGCUUCUUUUUUACGUGUAGUUUUUGGUGGUGCUGCUUCACGUCCACAGACAGAUGUUUCUAUUGUAGAUACUUUAGGUUUAGCUCCUCUUGCGGAAUCUAGUGAGAUAAAUGGUGAAGACGCUCAGCCACCAACACAACCUUCUAAUAAUCUCAAGAAAGGAAAACCUAUAGAUACUAAACUUCUUGUACAAGAACUACAAAAACCAUAUCCUUUACUCACGCUCAUUAAACUUGUUGGAGAAUUAUGUAACAUAGUGACACAAUACACUUUCUCAGAUAUGACUGAAGUUUGGUUUUGUAUUAACGAACUUCUUUCUCCUGAUAGGCCAUUUGAUGCGAGAAAUGUUGCUUUUCAGUUCAUGAUAGCUUGUAUUAAAAGUCAACAUCGUGAUAAUUUAGGGUUUCUUAGAAUAAUAUUUUAUGAUUGUAUCAAAUCUCAUAAUAUUAAAGAGGAUUUUGAGAUUAGAUUAUUAGCUUUAAAAGAACUUUGUAAUGAUGGAAGAGAUAUUUCUUCUUUCGAAAAAAAUUUAGUAAAAUUGCUUUCAGAAUGGGUCAAUGAAACAGUACAACAAUUGGACGAUCAAUCAACAAGUAUUCAUCAAAAUGAACAGGCGAAAAUUAUUCCUCCAUUAUCAUUAUCUUCCACAACUUCAUCACAAGAUGAAUCAUCAACUUCUGAUAUGACUAUACAACAAAAUUUCGAAUCUACAAGGUUACAAUCAGUGGUUAAUUUAUUAAUAAAUGUGAUCAAAUUCCAUUUCGCACAAUUUGAGGAAUCUGAUAUUUCUCGGCUCAUUGAAGAUAUAGCAAUCGCUUGUAAGAAAUCUAAGGACGUUCCAGAUAUUGAAUGUUGUCUGAGCUUUUGGGAUGUGGUUGUACGUUAUGGUUAUGUGCCAAUAAUUUCAUUGAAAUCAUAUGUUGAUGUACUAUGCGAUAAGCUUAACCAAGAAGGUUCAAUUUCACAAAAAUGUUGGCAUAUUAUGCGGAAUCUUUUAAAGAGUCAUUGUGCAUAUAGCACAAUCAAGAUUCUAUGCAGUAAUUUGGAGAAUAGUGAAUCUGUAAAAUCUCCGCAGAUCUUGCGUGGUUCUGUUCUAUUUUUAGGAUGGGCAAUUUGGGGACCGGAAGGGAUUGACUCUCUUUCACAUACUUAUUCCACUGUCCUUUCUGCAAUGAGACAGGCCAUAAAUAAUUGUGAUGACGUCGAUGUUCAUUGUGAAAUUUUAAUACAAAUCAAUGAUCUUAUCGCAAAAGAUGAAAAGAACAUUACCUCAUUGGAGUGGGAAAUUAUAAUAGAUAUUUUGGAUAACACCAAAUAUCAUUUGUUAGAUAAUGGUCCUUUAUCAGGAAGAAAUACAAUAAUAUCCGAUAAUUCUACAAAUAUAAAUUCAGUUGAUAAUGAUGGGGCAUCAACGGUGGUUAAUGCUUAUAGUAGGAUAAUAUUUCAAAUACAAUCUCUGCACAUGUUAUCUUCUUUCGAAGGUCCAACCUUACGAUUCAUUGCUCUCAUUCAGGCACUAAGGGAUUAUGUUUCUGAAAAUACCAUUUUAAUGUUGCUUGAUUAUUAUGAUUCUGAACAUUCGCUUUAUCCAUCCUCUCCGGAUUGGCUUGCAUUAUUAGUUGAUGUGGUGAACACAUUUUACAUUGCUAGAGUUCCUUCAAGGAUACGUCAACGCGUACUCUCUAUGACGAUUGAUGUUUAUGAAAUUACAAAAGAUUUUUAUCUGGAUAAACUUCUUGAAGCUGUUAUAUUACCAAUGUUUAUGUAUUUCCCUAGGGAUAAUGACAUUGAAGUUAUAAAUAAUUCUAUGGACUUUUUAGUUUCUGUAUUAAAAGAGGUAUCGGAUCAUUGGUUUAAACCUUUGCUCAAAAUUCUAGUACAAUGCGUUCCUUGCGUUUGUCAACAGCGCACAUGUCAUCUGGCGGGAUGUAAAAGUUCAAUUUCAAUUAAUGGCCUUACCAGCAUAUUUCAGCAUUGCUUGUAUAAAGUUGAUUCACCUGCACAAAGUGUACAAGUAUUUGAAGAAAUGAUAAAUCUCCUCGGUGAUUUUUCAACUCCCGUGAUUUGUCGUCUUACAUUGUUACAAUUAUUUGCUCGUAUGAGAGCUGAUAAUGAUCAUAGAAUUUAUUUCAUAGAGGACGUUGAUGUUGUGAGUGGGGCUUAUAUUUUACAUCGGAAUAAAUCUAUUAUAGAGAAUAAUUCUCCAAUAAAUUCAGAAAAAUCUAUAAAUGGUACGAGUUCUACUGGUUUAGGGGUUGAACGUAAAACUAAUUUUAAAAAAAAGAUGGAGCGAAGAUCUAGUUUGAAAGACGUGGCUUCAAUACUACUUGAUCGAAGGGAUAAUAAUAGUAAGUCCACUCCUCUUCAAUUAGAUAAUAACAAUAUCCCCGAGGAAGAAAUCAUUACCCCGUUGGAACGUCUUUGGCAAAUUCCUGAAAUUUUACGAUGUAAGCUCACAGCUUUACGUCCAAGUCCAUACGUACUUUGUUAUGAUAAGUUAUCAAAGAACAAAAUCAAUGCUAAUCAAGAGAUUUUCGUCCAAAAUUAUGGCAAUUUGAAAUCGGAUUUAACUGGUGCGAUAUUCCUGCCAAUCAAUUUAUAUUUACAAUGCCUAAUUGACAUUCUCACUAAAGAAAAGGAUUGGGAGAUUUAUUCUUAUGUUUUGUGUUUUCUCCCAAUACAAUUGAGCAAGAAACAUUUAUUCUGCGCAUCCUAUGAACAAAUUCGUACUUUAAGAAGUUGUUUAUGUGAUUGGAUUUCGAAUAGUCGAUUUGCCGAAGGCAUGUCAUUACCGAAUGAUAUCAAGAAGAUGGAUAUUUAUGCGGUAGUUUACCAAACUUUAACUGUUCUUAUCAGUUAUCGCGACUUAUUUAAUAAAUCACAACGAGAUGAACUAGUUUUGGCUUUUCACGUUGGUUUACAUAAAUGGGCUCGUACCGCAAAGCCCUGUAUUCAUGCACUUAAUAUAUGCUUAUUUGAACUACCUCUUUCAUCUACAAAGCUUCUUCCAGACACUCUAAAUAAAUUAUCACAGAUUAUAACAACGGCAACAAUGAGCGUUCAUAUUCUUGAAUUUCUCUCUGGAUUAGCAAGGCUUCCACAUCUUUAUGUAAAUUUUACGGAAGCUGAUUACAAGCGUGUAUUUGGAAUUGCCAUGCAAUAUAUACAAUACAGCCAGACAGUUUCAUCAAGUUCUUCUCCCAACGGUAGUAACAAUAAUACGACAUCUCAACCAAAUACGUCUUCAAGUUCUACAACAUCAGCAAGUUCAAGUAGUUCUCAAAAACGUCAAAAGUAUGUGACCUUUAUCGUCCAUGGUUUAUUACUUGCAAAUGGGUCGAAUCCAAAAGUUGACGAACAAACUGAAACAUGUUUUGACAUGCUUGCGCGUUAUACAUUUGCUAAUUGUGACCCUAAACCCGAGCAAUCUUUUAUUAAUCAAAUUUUAUUAGAACAAGGAAAGGAUAAAGUAAUAUCUCGUACUUGGGUUCAAGGGAAUGCGUUCUUAACUAUUCGUACAAUGAAGUCAUUUGGAUGGGCAGAGAUUAUAGUUCGUCGACCAUCUGGUAGUGUAGCUUUCUUAUGUAAAGUUGAAAAUCGAAACAAGAUGGAAGAUACAGAUUUCAUAACUUUGCCUGCAACUUUAAUGGCUCAUUAUGAUCCUGAUUCCCAGAAUAUUAUUACCCUUCCCGAAAGUGCAAUAGAGUUUACUUCUGAACAAUUAGAAACUAAUGAUUCUAUGAGAGGAGGAGGAGUAAAUCAUCAUCAGAUUAAUGCUGAGAACACAUAUCAUCCUUCGAAAACGCAAGAAACUAAAGAGGAUGAAAGAAAUGGAAAUUCCUCUUUAGAAUCGGAUAGUUCAUCAUCAGCAAACGAUUCGCCUCAUAUCGUUUCUUCAAAAUUAGAGACCAAUUCUAAUACCGGAUCUUCAGAAAAUGAUAGUGAGACUAAUUUACAAGCGGAUGCCUUACAGGGUUCUGAGAAUUAUUGUGAUGUAAAUCAGAACGACAAUAAUUUAAAUGAUGAUAUUGACGAAUCACCUACAACAAAUUCAUUAAACGAAAAACAUGUUAUCAAUGAAAUUUUCGCUGAUCCUGCAAGUUCAAUUGCUGAUAAGAAUCUGUAUCGUAAGGAUGAUCCUCAUAUUAAUCCAAGCUUUUUAUUCUUACAAAAUUCUCCAUAUCCCGAUCUCAUAUCUAAAGAGGCGCCUCGACCUUUACCAGAAGAAGAAUCUACAAAUCGUGCAUUAUCAGUGUUGGAUCGUACGCCGGUCGUAGAUUUUCACAAGAUUGGCGUAUUAUAUGUCGGAAAAAAUCAGACUGAUGAAAUUGAAAUACUUUCUAAUGUUCAUGGAUCACAAGAUUAUAUAGAAUUUCUGAAUAAAUUGGGUAAUUUGAUUCGAUUAAAAAAUUGUAAAAAUGUAUAUACUGGAGGUUUGGAUACAGAGUACGACAUAGAUGGGGAAUACGCUUAUUAUUGGAAAGAUGAUAUUACUCAAGUGAUAUUUCAUUGUGCUACUUUGAUGCCAACAGAUUUGGAUCGUGAUCCUCAAUGUGCUGGAAAGAAGAGACAUAUUGGCAAUGACUUUGUUACAAUCGUGUUUAACAAUUCUGGACAAGAAUAUGCAUUUGAUACAUUACCAAGUCAUUUUAACUUUAUAAAUAUUGUUAUUUCCCCUCAUUCUCAUCAAGACUUUUUCAUUUCAUCCUUACAAUCAUCGAAAACAAAUAAUAAUUCAUUCUUCAAGGUUAUAAUGCAGCGUCGUUCAGAUAUGCCUGAAAUUGGACCAAUAACAGAAUUUAAAAUGGUAUCAGCGACAGCUUUACCAGCAUUCGUUCGUCAAAUGGCAUUACAUGCAAACAUAUUCGCUCAAGUAUUUUUACAAAGUGGAGGCAGUAGAAAUGUAGAGUAUGUAUCUAAUUGGAAAGAUCGUUUAAGGCAAAUAAAACGGUUAAAGGAACGAACUGGAAGUAACACAUCACAUGAUAAUCAAGUUGAUAUGAGUACAGUGUUGGGAUUGGAACCUGUUAUCGACUUUACUCGAUAUACUUGA